UUAUGUUAAAUGGUGGUAUAGUUUAUCUUCUAGAACCGACGGAACGGAACCAAGCAUCAACCUUGCCCUAGAGCUUGUUAUCGUCUCGGAUGGCGGAUGAUGUGGGAAAGCCCGAUGCUCAGCUCUUUGAGCUCCUAACGUCUCUUCUCCAAGAGGUAGAAUCAUUAAGCAACCAAGAGGAAGUUGAACUAAGGGAGAAGAUAGAAGCGCUGGGAAUUGAAGUAACUAAAGUGCCUCCAAAACCUCCAAAUAAUCUCAAUGAGCUUGAGAUAGCAGCUGAGCUUGACAGGUUAUCAGCCAAGCUAGAUGAUGUGGACCAGAUGAUAUCGUCAACAAUGGCUACCAACCCGGAGGUUCGCUCGCUCCUUAGUAGCACAGCCGAUGUAUGGCUUCCGGUCAUCACCGCCUCUGCCGAUCAAAGGCGAAGCUUUGCUGUAAGCAAAAAUAAUGAUGAUCAGCAAGAGCCCCAUGAUUUGCUUAAGCAUGAGGCUUCUGAAGACUAGGUAAGUUCCUUUUGAGAAUGUUUUUAUUGUUAAAAAAGUUUGCUAAAAAUUUAUUUGAUAAUUUUUUGAAUAAAAAUUCAAUGAUUUUCUGUGAGAAAAUUUGUUGAGGUAUUGAUAGUUGUUAGUUGUAUGUGUUUGAGCAGAAAUUUCGUUAUUGUAUUUAUAUAAUAAAAAUUUUCAAAUAUAUCACAUUUUAUUAGUAUUUUGUAAGAGUAUGUAGAUAUAUGGAUAUUUUAUGGUUGAAAUAUUACUCACGAAUUU